AUGGCAGCAAGAAUAUUGAGUCAAAUCGUGGUAACAGGAGUCAAAAUCUUUGGAAAUGCCUUUGUUGCAGCAUAUAGACAAGCAGCAAUAAAUGCCAAAAAUGCUCAGAGUUCUCAUCAAAAUAAUAUUAGAAGAGAAGCUGCCACUAGAUUUUCAGCAGUAGAUUCACAAAUGACCAUGGAUGAAGCUUUUAAUGAUGUUUCUAGUGGAGGAUCAUUUUAUGUACAAUCUAAAAUUGUUGCAGCUAAAGAACGAAUAGAUGAAGAAUUUCCACAACAAGAUAAAGUAGAAGAAAAAAGUUGA